AUGCCACUUUUUGGCUGGAUGAAAUGGCCAAAAUACAAUUCCUACAAAUCCACAUACUACCCUGACUCAGAAGUAGUGACAAAGACUCUGCUUCGGGAAUUAAAAUGGCAUCUAAAGGAACGAGAGAGAUUAAUACAAGAGAUCGAAAAUGAGCAAAAAGUGAAAAAAACAGGCGUGGAUUACAAUUGGCUGAGAAACUAUCAGAAUCCCCACGCAACCAUCCCAGCUACUGAACAAAGACAACUUGAAAUUCUUUGCUCACAGGUUCAACCUUGUCAAACUGGAGCUAUUCUCAGCAGAUUUCGAGAAGUUCUGGCAGAAAAUGAUGUACUGCCAUGGGAAAUUGUCUACAUCUUCAAGCAAGUUCUGAAGGACUUCUUAAGGAGUACUGACAAAGGCAGUCAGCAAGAGGGCCUGGAAGGAUCACAGCACGCAGCCUGUCCUGUUCGCUCCGUGAUCCCAGGAGAAAGCUCCAAGAGUCCAGACAAGGAUGAAAUACCCACUAUUUCAAGUUACGUAGACAAAAACACAAAGAACAGGUUCCCAACAUUCUCACAUCGGAUAUGGAACCUACCAUAUUAUUACCCAUCAAGUUAA